AUGUGUUUGGAGUACCAAGGUGAUGACUUCAGAGAUGAAAUGACAGCCCACGAAAUUUUUACUAAUUCAGACGGAAGUAUCCGUAUAAAAUCCAAUUAUUUAAACAAGUUCUGGUGUCGUAGGCCAAGUGAACCAAAUUGGAUAUUGCCUGACUUGGAUGACCCGACUCACAACAACACAUUGUUUCAGCCAAUCAAAAUUAGCAAAAACGAAUUUGCUAUUCGCAAUAUGGGAAACCUUCAAAUCUGCAAGAGAUACACACUCGGUUCCAUGGUCGGUUUCACUGCAAAUGUCACCAACAUGCCAAUCUUUGCUCACUUGAGAAUUGAAGAGAUUGUCAAGUCAAGAAUAGUCUAUAACGUCAAGUAUCGUCUCACGCAAGCAAGGACCUACGACUACCAAAAUGAAGUUGAAAUUGCUAUAGCAGAGGCUGCGAAUUUGACCCAAGAAACCACUAGGAUGACAUUGAAGAUGCCAUACAAAAUGACUAAGAGCAUGAGUUGGAAUGAUGCCAAAACAAUGUCUAUGAAGUCUGGAGGCGUUAAAACAACCAUGCAAGCCGGUGUUCCGGUAUUUGGAGACGAUGAAAAACUUGUAACUAGUUUAAGUGAGUUUACGAGCAGAUCAACAAUAAUUAAGUGGGGAGAAGUUGAGACUUGGGAAAUUGCAGUGCAAAGUGUGUGCAAAGUUGACGUGCCGGCAAUGACUAAAGUGAAUGUGAGACUUGUGGCAAAUAAAGUUUCUUACGAGGUUCCAUUCAACUAUUCUCGCCGUGACACUCGUACCAAUGGUCAAAUAAGCAAUGACAACGACAUGGAUGAUGGCAUUUAA